GAGGAGGGUUGGGCCAGAACUCAUCAACAAACGAACGGCGGUGGGAACGGCAGACGAACAGACGGACGAACCAGACCUACUUGCAGCGACAUGGCAUCGACAUGGCAUGGUAUGGACACUACCACAAGCCCACGAUCCGACGAGAAAACAAACGAUUCGUCCGCCUCGUUCACCAUCCAGCAUGCUUUGUCGAAUCAGAAGAGACAAGAGAGCCUCGGACCGCCCACUGCAUGCAUGACAAGGCCAAAGAAAGCUGCCAGCACCGCACCGCCUGGGCGCCGCGCGGGCACCUUCUCAGUCGAGAGAUCGAGAGAUCGAGAGACCAUGCCAACCUCGCCAACCUCCCGGAUCCCUACCAAGCGUUUCUCAAGCCCUCGGCUUCCCCAAAAGGCUCUUGCCCUUUUUCGGAGUGUACAUCAGCCUUCUGCAGCUCGCUGCACACCUGAUUGGUACACCUCAGCCAUCACGCCUUGACCAAGGUUUGACCAUCCUGGGGACCUUGGGAGCUAAAAGCCGAGGAGCCUGUUCUUAUCGGCCAAGUUAGACAUUCUCCACUCACCGCAGUGCCGUGCCUGUUUCGCCCGCAGAGGGGAAUUGCGUCUUUCCCGGCAAUCCUCCGAUUGUUUCUGUCCCAUUUCGUAGCCUUCAGAGUGAGCCCAGAGGCAGGCAUUGGAUUUCGAAAAGCCUUCAACGUUCUUCCAGAAAAAAAAAGGAAAAAAAAAAGAAAAAAAAAAAAAGAAAAAAAAAGUCUCUACAAGGCAGGCAAGCAGGCAAGCCAAGCAGAAUAAGG